AUGCCCAACCCAUGUAAACUCCAGAAUCUGGAGAUCCCUUUUGACAUCGACGAGAGCUGGGAUGCAGACGACGAGGACUCUGGUUCCGACACCACUUUAGAUGCCUUUGACUUUGUGCCGAUGUCGCUGGCACUGGGAUCCGGAUAUGAAGUCCAACGCUCAUUUGACAAAUCCUUAUUUCAUUUCAGUGUCCACCGUGAAGAAACCAAGUUAGUAGGUGGGUCGGGUAAGUCUGAUGGCUGGAUUAGCAUCUCCCAUUUUCUCUGGACCAUGUGCGCUACACUCGCGGAUGCAGGCACUGAUAUGGAGUGGACAGCGACAUUCGAAGAAUGGCGACCCCAGUGGAACCAGAUCCAGGUGCAGGUGAAGACAUUCGGAUAUACUCAGUUCUCUUCUGAGAUCGCGCCUGCACCGGUUGAUCUUGCGUCGGUCCGAUUCUUCGGAUUCGGAUCUGAUGAGGAACCCAGAGAGUUUGAGAUUGAACAGGAAGGCCCAGAUAGUGUCUCUGAUUGUCAGGAUAUUUGGACUCUCUGGCGAUACAUUAUUGAGACGCCUGCAAACCACCUUAAAGAGUUUCAUGUUUGCCUUAAAGAUACUGCGAGACUUAUUGGCUCUCUGUAG